AUGAUAAGUGUUCUGCAUACCAUUUUGACCAUCUUUGCAACAGCAGCAUUUGUUGUUGGAAGUUUUGUCAAUGUCUUUAUAACUCUGGUGAACUGCAGAAACUGGAUGAAGAGACAAAGCAUCUCUUCAGUUGAGCGAAUCCUCACUGCUCUGGCUGUGUCCAGGAUUGGGUUGCUUUUGAUACUGUUCAAAAGCUGGUUUAGUACUCUGGUCAAUACAUCUGUACAUAGUGGACUUAUUUCUCUUAUUUUAUGGAUAAUAACCAAUGAUUUUAGCACCUGGAUUUCUACUAGUCUUAGCAUAUUUUAUCUGCUCAAAAUAACCAAUUUUUCUAAUUAUCUUUUUUUUCACCUAAAGAAGAGAGUUCACAGUGUUAUUGUAUUGACACUGUGGAGUGGGCUGCUAUUGCUUCUUUCUAGACUUGUGAUAUUAUCUGUACAUCAUGCAAUGGAGCUGGAAAAGUAUGAAGGCAAUGUGACUUGGAGGACAGAGCUGGGGAAAGUUAUCAUGAUUGUAUUCACUGUAGGGUACUUCAUACCCAUUAUUAUAUCCAUCAUCUGUUUUCUGUUGUUAAUCUAUUCCCUUCAUAAACAUCUUAGACAGAUGCGUCAGUACAGCAAUGGAUCCCAAGAUCCCAGCACCAAGGUCCAGGUGAAGGCUUUGAAAUCAAUGGUCUCUUUUCUUUUGUUAAUUGCCAUGUACUCUCUAUCUGAAAUCAUGUCAAAUUGGACUUUUAAAGUGUCUCCGCAUGAAUCAGUUUUCUCUCUUUCCCAGACUUUGGGAAUCUUAUAUCCUUCAAUCCAUUCAUGUGUCCUGAUUUGGGGAAACAGGAAACUGAAACAGGCAUUUGUGUUGCAUGUGUGGCAAGCAAGGUGCUGCUGCAGGAAAAGAAACCUUCAAGACAUUUUCAAGAAUAGCGAUGCUGUAUGA